AAAUGCAUAAAUGGCCGGCCACCCCUAGCCUCGCCCCUCGCAGACUCACAGUGGCAACUGGCAAGGCAGACCGACACGGCAGCUCAUCGAAUUCAUCCCCACGCGGGUGACGUCGCCCUCCCUCUCCAAUCAACAACAAUCCUUCCCUCCCUCCCACCUCCGCUCUCCCGCAACGCAGCGCCUCUGCGGCUCUGCCUCCGCACUCCGCAGCCGCCACCGACGGGAUCCCGCCGCCGCCUCCUCCUCCCCCCCUGCAAUGCCCCGCUCGUGACCCAUGCCCUCGCACGCGAUCCCCUCCCCGCUUCUGCGAGCGCGGCCCCCGGCACCCUCGGCGGCGGCGGCCGCGGCGACCGGGAGGAGGGCCCCGUCGCGUGUGGUGGCGGCAUUGGGCGGAGGCGGCCCGGCCGGGAGAGGGAUGGAGCAGCAGCAGCAGCUCGCCGGGGACGGCUCCCGCAGCCCAGUUAAAGAGAAGCCUCUAGUGUCAACCAUUGGGAAAUCAACCAAUAUACUGUGGCACAAUUGCCCAAUUGGACAAUCUGAGAGGCAGAACUUGUUGGGGCAAAAAGGAUGUGUCAUUUGGAUCACAGGACUCAGCGGCUCAGGGAAAAGCACUCUUGCAUGUGCACUGAAUCGGGAGUUGCAUUGCAGCGGCCACCUUACUUAUGUCCUUGAUGGUGACAACCUAAGGCAUGGCCUAAAUCGAGAUCUAAGCUUCAAGGCAGAAGACCGUGCAGAAAAUAUACGAAGAGUUGGAGAAGUGGCAAAGCUAUUCGCAGAUGCUGGAAUCAUAUGCAUUGCUAGUUUGAUAUCUCCAUAUAGGAGAGACCGUGAUGCGUGCCGUGUGCUGCUUCCAGAGUCUAGAUUUAUUGAAGUAUUUAUGGAUUUGCCACUAGAAAUUUGUGAAGCUCGUGAUCCUAAAGGUCUAUACAAGCUUGCACGCUCUGGAAAGAUUAAAGGCUUCACUGGAAUUGAUGAUCCAUAUGAAUCACCAGUGAAUAGUGAGAUAGUAAUUAAGAUGGUAGAUGGGGAAUGUCCUUCACCCAAAGCAAUGGCCCAGCAUGUUCUGUGCUACCUUGAAGAGAACGGAUAUUUGCAAGCUUAGCAUAUAUUUGUGAAGAUUGAUUUGAUUCCUGAGUGUCCUCCACUCGUGGACACUAGUGUGAUCCAUUUGAUCCAGAAUAAGAUGCAUCAAUUUGCAAUCAAUACAUGUGGCCUAUCAUCAUGGGUUACUCGCUCUUGUGUAGUUGUGUACUGUUCUAGCAUAGCUGUAAUUUGUUGACUCCGCAUGCACAUUCCGGUUAAAAAUGUGUGAGAUGUAUUUAUUCUUAGUAAUGUAUAAUUUGAUACUGGAUCCCAAUUAUUUGGAAUAAAUUGUGCAGUUUAAGCUCUCAC